AUGAUGCACUAUCACCUUUAUGCUUUUGUGCCUGAUAUGUCAAUGUCAAACCUUUUUGUUCUACCUCCAAACCUCAUGAGCCAAGCUACUGGUAAACGACAUGGUAUUGUUGUCAAUGUUCGUUCUGAUUUUGCUAAUGGAAUGUUAGGGAGGAAGGAUAAAUUGAUUAUGGGUUGUGAGAGAGAAGGAAAUUACAAAAGAAGGAAUGUAUAUGAAAGAAAUAAUUCCUCAAAAAACAUUUAUAGUAUGAAAGUUAAAAGUCCUUUAAGGCUGAGAUAUGUUCCAAAUGGUAUCGGUUGGAAGGUGAUUGUUAGGUGUGGGAUGCACAAUCAUAAACUAUCUAAGGAUUUGGAAAGCCAUGACAUAUCAGGCCGUACAAAAGAUCAUGAAAGAAAGUUUGUGAAUGACAUGAUGAAGUACAAUAUGACUCUAAGGCACAUAGUUGCUGCUUUGAAAGACAAAGAUCUAGAAAACCUCAUGAGUGUUACCCAAGUGUAUAAAGCUAGAGCUACAUACAGAACGGGCAAGAGAGGUACAUUGGCAGGAAUGUAG